AUGCCGCUCAUCCAGAUCGAGGUCUGCGAUUUCAAGUCCUACCGCGGCCACCAAGUCAUUGGCCCCUUCCGCAAUUUCACCUCCGUCAUUGGCCCCAAUGGCGCAGGCAAGUCCAACCUCAUGGAUGCUAUCUCCUUCGUAUUGGGAGUCAAGUCCGCCCAGCUGCGUUCCAGCCAGCUAAAGGACCUCGUCUAUCGUGGGAGGAGGCUUGCGCGCAACCCUGAGGAAGAGGAUGGGGGACGGGCAGGGCAGGAGGAUGACGAGGAGGAGGGGGAGGCAGAGGGCGAGGGGGACGCGAAGAAGGCGUGGGUACUGGCCGUGUACGAGGAUGCGGCGAAGAAGGAAUGGAGAUUCCAGCGAACGAUCUCAACCACCGGCGCGUCCGAGUACAAGCUCAACAGCAAAACUGUGACCUACUCCGCGUACAACGCCGCGCUCAUCCAGCACAACAUCCUCGUCAAGGCCAAGAACUUCCUCGUCUUCCAGGGCGACGUCGAGGCCGUCGCCUCGCAGUCCCCGAAGGAACUCUCCCGCCUCAUUGACCAGAUCUCCGGCUCGCUCGAGCUUGCACCCGACUAUGAGAAGGCCAAGGACGCCCUCGAGCGCGCUACCGAGAACGCGACGUUCAACUUCACGAAGAGAAGGGGAAUUACAGGCGAGAUCAAGCAAUAUAGGGAACAGAAGAGUGAGGCAGAGAGGUUCGCGCUGCUUUGCAGGGAGCGGGACGACCUCGUGCUCAGGCGCAUCUUGUACAAACUCUACCACAUCCAGCAGUCCCUCGACGAGCACGCCCAGGCGAUCCGGGACCAGAACAAGGCUCUCGUCGGCUUGCGCAAGGAGCAGCAGAAGCACGAGAAGGCUCUUGAGGAGGCGCGGAGCGAACAGGCCAAGUCGCGCGGAGCCGUGAUGCAGAAGGAGAAGAAGAUCAAGAAGGCGGAGAAGGCCCUUGAGACCCAGCGGCCGGACUUGGUGCGCAUCGAGGCGCAGAUCAAGCAUGCGGAGCGGAAGCGGGAGAAGGCCGAGCAGGAACUGGAGAAGUUGAGGCAGACGGAGAACGAGCAGAAGAAGAGAUUGGAGUCGCUCCAGACGGAUUUGGAGACAGUUAGGAGGGCUGCGAACGCCGCGCAGGAGGCCCAGCGGAGGGCCGCACAGCAGAACCUAUCGCUAAGUGAAGAGUCGUUGGAAGAGUAUAGACGACUUAAGGCGUCGGCUAGCGUGCUUGCAGUGGACGAGCGACAAUCCCUCGAGACACUUACGCGAGAUGAGAAGACGGCAGCUCGUACCCUGUCGCAGCUUAAGGACAAGCUUGAGCAGCAGACGCAAAAACGCGAGAAGCUUGCCGAGGAAGAACGGACGCUCAGCCAGAAGAAGAGCGAGCUGGAUGACAAGGUCUCUGAGCUGGCGGCGGACCUGAAGCAUGUGAAGCAGGAACAUGACAACCAGCAGUCAGAGCGGAUACGUAUCGAGAAACUCGAGAAAGAGACUAAUGAGAAGCUGGUCGAAAUUUACGAAAAACUCACCCAAGCUGGCGUUGACCAACAAGAGUCCCAGCGCGAAGCGCGCCUCAAAGAAACUCUCUCAAACCUCCAGCGCAUCUUCCCCGGUGUGCGUGGUCGCGUGGUCGACCUUUGCAAGCCGACACAGCGCAAAUACGAGACUGCGGUCGCGGUCGUGCUGGGCCGGAAUAUCGACGCAAUCGUCGUCGACGAGGAGAAGACGGCGAUAGACUGCAUCGAGUACAUGCGCAACCAGCGUGCGGGACAGGCGACUUUCAUCCCGCUCGAUACAAUUCAGGUGAAGCCCAUCAACGACAAGUUCAGGGCGUUCGCGAAGGGAGCGCGUUUGGCGGUGGACGUUAUCACGUAUGACCCUGCGGUGGAGAGGGCGAUGCACCAUGCUUGCGGGAAUGCGCUCGUUUGUGAUUCGAUGGAGGUCGCGAGGUAUGUUUGUUACGAGAAGGGGCAGGAGGUGAAGGCUGUUACGCUGGAGGGUACAAUCAUCCACAAGAGCGGUCUGAUCACCGGUGGAAAGAGCUCUCAGACGAAUGGGAAGAAGUGGGAGGAGAAGGAUGUGCAGGGUCUACAACGCGCCCGCGACAACUUCAUGGCUCAGUUGCUUGAGCUUGGCAAGUCCAAGCCUCGAGGGAAGGAGGCUGAAGUGCUACUCGCGGAGAUUACGCGUCUGGAAUCGGCGCGGACUGUUGCGCGCGACGAUCUGGGGGCCUGCAGAGCCAAGCUCAAUGGAGUCAAGGAUGAGCUGAAGCACAUCGAUCGCGAGAUCCGGCAGAUCCAGCCCGAGUUGCGCAAGGCACAAGCUGCGUACGACAAGAUCAAGGAGCAGGUAGAUGCACUCGCUUCGGUCAUUAACGAGGCGGAGGACGGCAUCUUCGCCCACUUCUGCGAGAGAAUCGGCGUAAACAAUAUCCGCGAAUACGAAGAGCGUCAGCUCAAGCUCGCCCAAGCUGAGAGCGAGGCUCGGCUUCAAUUCGAUACCCAAAUUGCUCGCUUGACCCACGCGUCACAAUUCGCAGAGGACCAGCUGCGGAUGACUCACGAGCGCGUCGCCCAGUACCAGGAGAUCCUGAACACCGAGGGCGGGACCCUCGCCCGACUUGAGGAAGAGCGCGCUGAGGCGCAGAACCAGAUCGCCGAGGCUGAAGAGGCGAUUAGGACUCUUCAGGAGGAGCUCAAGGAGCUCACGGAGGAGUUGGAGGAGAAGACGAAGCGGGUAGAGGAGGUGAAGAAGACGACGAACAGGGCAGCGAAGGUGCUGGACCAGGCCCUCAAGGAGAUCGCGACGCAUAACGACGAGAUCGAGAAGCUUGGACUAGAGCGGUCUUCGAUCUAUCGAAAAUGCAGGCUCGACGAGAUCAAGCUACCGCUCGUCGCUGGGAACUUGAAGAACGUGCCAAUGGAGGAAAAUCUUCGCGACGAGGUUGCCAUGGAUGUUGACGAGGACGACCAGGGUACCCAGCGUGUGAAGCGUGUUCCCGACUAUGGCAUCGAGGUCGACUUUGAUUCCCUCAGCGACAAGGACCGUGAAGAUGAGUCGGGUGAUGUGUUGAAGGAGAUUGACGACGCGAUAGCCAAGAACAACGCUGAAAUUGAGCGCAUGGCACCGAACAUGAAGGCCAUAGAAAGGCUGGAUGACGUCGAGGCCAAACUGCAGGAAUCGGAGAAGGAGGCUGACAAGGCGCGCAAGGACUCCAAAAAUGCGCGUGAGCAAUUCAAUGAAAUCAAGCGCAAACGGUGCGAACUAUUCAACAAAGCGUACAAUCACAUCUCCGAGCGCAUCGACCAGGUGUACAAGGAUCUCACGAAGGGCAAGAUGGCACCGACGGGUGGCGUCGCAUACCUGACGCUUGAGGACAGCGAGGAACCCUACACUGCCGGUAUCAAGUAUCAUGCCAUGCCUCCCAUGAAGCGUUUUCGAGACAUGGAGCAGCUGUCCGGCGGCGAGAAGACAAUUGCAGCCCUUGCUUUGCUGUUCGCUAUUCACAGCUACCAGCCUUCACCGUUCUUCGUGCUCGAUGAGGUUGACGCAGCGCUCGAUAACACGAACGUCGCCAAGAUCGCGAACUACAUCCGCGUGCACUCGUCGGACACGUUCCAGUUUAUCGUCAUUAGCUUGAAGGGGUCUUUGUACGAACGUAGCAACUCCCUAGUGGGGAUCUACCGGGACCAGGACGUGAAUAGCUCACGAACGCUGACCUUGGACCUAACACAAUAUGACGAUUGAUACAUCGACCCCGCAUUGCUAGGGUGCACACGUUAGUCAGAGCGGUAUACUGUUUUUGUGAGUUGUCGAGCUGUUAUGAAACGUUACUCAUGUUCUCCAGUCGCAACAAAUCGUGUAUGUGUAAUGAUAGCUCUUUGUUUUCUGGAUCAAAGCGUUCCCGCAUUGCCGCUCGCGGGAAGGGUGUGGGCGCGCAUGAGUGGAAAGUGGUGGCUGUGUCCUUGAGCCUGCAACUUGCCCAUGUACCUAGGUUCCCAUGCAAUCCUCUGACGACAUGUCUGUGCCUUUCGUUGAGAAAGCACAGAUGCAAUGUCUUACGGAGCAUCGCACCUAACGGACGUUGUACGGAUAGAGGAUUUUGAGCGUUACCAGCUGACAGAUGUCGUAAUGUCAGAUC